ACUUCCGUGUGUGCAGAGAGCUCUGUGAUACACAAAAGGACAACUAAUUUAUUGAUUUUGAGGUAGUUGUAGGUCUUGUGAAAGUACAGACUACAGUCACUGGUGUUGCUGUAUAACGAAGGCAUGGUUUGGUUUUCUUGCUAGUAAUUCUGUUACUUUAAAGUCAGUUUUAGAGUCAAGACAAGGCCUUACUUUGUUUUUUUGUUAGCUGGCUGUACCGUGACGUGUGGCCAUGGCAUGCAGUAACUGAAUUCUGAACGAAGAAGGCGCCAGCAACUGUACCGUACUGGCAGACGUUCCUCAACAAUCCAAGCUUAACUUCAAUACGAUUUUUUUAAAUACAACUUUGAAGGAGUUUCCCAUUUGUUUGCCUUGAUCAGUUUCCUCGUUCAAGUCGAAGUCAAACUGCUUUAGAGUUCUGUUAAAGUCUUCCCUGAAUCAAGCUGGAUUAUUUGGACGAGUGUGAUACCAUGGAACGCAACAAAAAGAAGCUAACGUUACCACUAAGCAGCGACAACAUAUUCUCACCAUGCUUCUCCCAGACCCAGGCCAGUCCGAUCACGGCAUUAUCAAUGUCAAUGGUCACACUCUCAUGCAUGGGUGGUACUCCCAAGAGGAGACUGUCAAUGUCAAGUAUAGGGGAAGCUUCUCCUGCCCCUCCCAGUUUCUCAAGGCAUUCUUCACAUAGCUCUGGUGUGAGUGUAGGAACCCCAAGCCCGUGUGAAUCCCCUCUUAUUCAUGGACAAUUUCAACCAAUCAACCCCUCCGAUGAACAACAGGAAUCAACACGACAUAGUACUCAGUUUAGACGGUUCAACUCAAUGCCACUGCGGUUACAGCAACACCAGGAGAGCCCAUCGCUUCAGAUGUUCCAUAGACCAAGGUUAAUACGACAGCAAGGGCUUGUUGAGUCUAGGAAGGAAGGAGAUAUGGAAGAAGGAUUAUGGAUGAAACCAGCUGGCAGAAGGAAAGACAGUGAUAUUGGGGAGAAGGAAGUAGAAGAGGGAAAGGCUGAUUGUAUGAAGCUUGACCUGCCAUCCCCUGAUGAAGUUGAAGAAGCAACCUUACCAUCAGAAGCAUUCACCUUCGUUAUGCCCAGACCUCUGUCCUCUCGGCAAGCCUCGUCAAGAUCAACGUCUCUGAGUUUUGCACCGGCAGGACCUAGACCAAUAUCUGCUCCAGCCACACUGCUUGAUGGUGAGGAUGAGGAUGACGUUAUUGAACUUCAAGAGGAUCGUCUAACAAGCUCCCAUGAUGAUGAUGAUAACGAUGAUGGAUUCUUGGAUUGCUUUGAACCAUAUUCACAAGAGGGUUCAUCCUCUGCACCUGAUGGAUUAGCUGGUCUAAUCCAUGGGACCCUCAUUAAUCCCACCAAGGCUAACUGGUCUCCAAGCCAUGUAUCUUCAGCUGAAUCCUCCCAGUCAGAGAACGCUCUGCAACGUGGUGCAGACUGCAACACUUUGCGAACAACGCCCUCUGGUGCUCCCAGAUGCAGGAAGGGCAUCUUCAAGGUUCCCAGUCAACCAGUACUAGCCAGGCGAAACUCAUCCUUCCUCAAGCGCACGGAGCGCCCCCAGGACACGCCCAGUCCUAUCCAAAACAAACGUCCUCGCAGCUCAUCUGUUGCAAGUCCUCAAAUCACCACUCCUCAUCAACAGGCAGAAAAGAAGACGUCACCAAAGAGCAGGUCCUGUCUCAAUCGCUCUCUGUCCAUGCUGUCCCCUCACGAUCCCUACUUCAGGAGAAUUGACCAGGCUUUAUCAGUAGAGGGCAGUCAAAAUAACUUAACGGGAGAUCGCACAAAGGCUUGCUGUCUACCUCUGGUUACAGGCAAACAGAAGGAUCUAAAGUGUGUUAGUCCAGAGACAAUGAAUCGCCUACUCAGGUCAGAAUACAGCCAGGAGAUUGGUGAAUGUCACGUCAUUGACUGUAGAUAUCCAUACGAAUUCAAUGGAGGACAUAUAAAGGGUGCAAUCAAUAUCUAUGAAGAGUCAGAACUAAAGAAGAAGUUCCUUGAGAACCCUCUACCACCGCUCCCGUACAACAGGAGACGGGUCUUUGUCUUUCAUUGUGAGUUUUCAUCUCAACGAGGUCCCAAGAUGCUUCGUUUCCUCCGUACUCAGGACCGUUCAGCAAACCUUGAGAACUAUCCGGCUCUCUAUUAUCCUGAGCUGUAUCUACUCAAUGAAGGUUACAAGGCUUUCUAUGAACACAGCACAGAAUUUUGUGAACCCCGAACCUACACCCCAAUGAACCACGAUGAUCACCUUGAUGAACUCCGAUACUUCAGGGCUCGGUCAAAGUCAUGGACGGAGAGGAGUAGACUGAAGAUACGCUCCCAGUCUCUCUUCUAACAUCAAUCUGUCGCCCUCUUGAGAUCAGAUCAGGAUAGUGAGCCUCAAUCCAUCACCCUUAAUGAACUUUGGUGAACUCUGCAUAGAGUGCCCGGUCAAAGUCAUGAAUGGAGAGGAGUAAGACCUAACAUACGCUCCCAGUCUCUCUUCUAACCUGUAUGUCGCCCUCUUGAGAUCGUAUCAGGAGAGUUAAAGGAUAUAGAUGGAUCUUUAAAGGUGGUAUACUUCGUCACCGCUUUGGUACUGCUUUCAUGCAGAUAUGUGUAUGAUCUCCUGUCUAAAUACAAUUUUGCAUUCUUAUCCUCUCCCUGUUUUUUUAAACCCCUUUAUAUGAAGUUUGCAAUAGGGAAAUCAAAUAUUACGGGUAAAGAAGUGAAUUAUUUUCCUAUACUUUCCUAUUCCUAUGCAUUAUUACCCACCAUAAUUGAUAUUGAUAUAUUUACAUCUGUAAGUAUAAAAUCCUAUUGUAAUUCACAAUAUUCUGAACUAGCAAUAAUUUGUUGGAAUAUAAUGUGUUAAAAAAAAAUUUACCUUUUAUAUUAAGAAGAUAAUUUUUGUCUCACCUGCAUAGCAGAGUGAGACUAUAGGCGCCGCUUUUCCGACGGCGGCGGCGGCGGCGGCGUCAACACCAAAUCUUAACCUGAGGUUAAGUUUUUGAAAUGACAGCAUAACUUAAUAUGUAUAUGGACCUAGUUCAUGAAACUUGGCCAUAAGGUUAAUCAAGUAUUACUGAACAUCCUGCAUGAGUUUCACGUCACAUGACCAAGGUCAAUGGUCAUUUAGGGUCAAUGAACUUAGACCAUGUUGGGGGAAUCAACAUCAAAAUCUUAACCUAAGGUUAAGUUUUUGAAAUGUCAUCAUAACUUAGAAAAUAUAUGGACCUAGUUCAUGAAACUUAUACAUAAGGUUAAUCAAGUAUCACUGAACAUCCUGCAUGAGUUUCACGUCACAUGACCUAGGUCAAUGGUCAUUUAGGGUCAAUGAACUUUGGCCGAAUUGGGGGUAUCUGUAGAUUUACCAUCAUAACUUUAAAAGUUUAUGGAUCUGAUUCAUGAAACUUGGACAUAAUAGUAAUCAAGUAUUACUGAACAUCCUGUGCAAGUUUCAGGUCACAUGAUCAAGGUCAAAGGUCAUUUAGGGUCAAUGAACUUUGGUCAAAUUGGGGUAUUUGUUGAAUUACCGCCAUAACUUUGAAAGUGUGUUGGUCUAGUUCAUAAAACUUGGACAUAAGAGUAAUCAAGUAUCACUGAACAUCCUUUGCGCAUUUUAGGUCACAUGACCAAGGUCAAAGGUCAAUGAACUUUGGCUUAAUGGGGGUAUCUGUUGAAUUACCAUCAUAACUUGGAAAGUUGAUGGAUCUUUCUCUUGAAACUUGGACAUAAGAGUAAUCAAGUAUCACUGAACAUCCUGUACGAGUUUCAGGUCACAUGAUCAAGGUCAAAGGUCAUGUAAGGUCAAUGAACUUUGGCCACGUUGGGGGUAUUUGUUGAAUUACCAUCAUAUCUCUAUAAGUGUAUGGGUCUAGUUCAUAAAACGUAGAAAUAAGAGUAACCAAGUAUCACUGAACAUCUUGUGCGAGUUAUAGUAGUUUUCAAAAUCAGCACUGCUGCUAUAUUGAAUCGCGUGAUGCAGGUGAGACGGCCAGAGGCAUUCAUCUUGUCUAACUUUAUUCUGCCCUUAAUCCUAAUAUGAGCGGCAAAUUUAUUGCGAAAAAUGUUGAGGGGGGGCCCCCUCAACAUUUUUUGCAAUAAAUCUGCUGCGCAAAUUUUUUUUACCUUGUCGCUCACUGACUUUUUACUUUCAAGUCUCACGCAACUUUUGAGAUCAAAAUUGCUACUCCCAGGUACGCGGUUCUGCAAUAUUUUUUAAGUGCAUGCAGACCAAAAAUUGCCCAAAAACGUGAAUUCUUUUACUAAUCCAAUGCAAAUUGUUUUUUUAGCCAAAAUUCAUAAAUGUAUCGUUAUUUCUCCUUUUACCGAUUAAAAGACAAUGUUGAGAAUACCACCCCAGCUGUCUCUUGAUACGUCAUAGUGAUUUUAGAUAUCUUCACCUUUCUUAUGUGACUUAGGAUUAGGGUGGUAAUUUAGGGGGAGUUUUCAGAAUAAUGUAACGAUAAAGGCUAUACCGGGGUAGUUUUAAAUAUUUUUAGAAUAGUUUUAUAGGUUAUAGCUUUAUGUGUUGGUUUUCUAUGGGAGCUGUUGAUGCUGAAGAAGUCAAGAGAACUAUGGAAUUUAAUUAAUAUAUAUAUAUCAGGAAUAUUUUAAAUCCCUAAUUGCUAGUUUACUCUUAUUUUUCCUGGUAAAGUAAGGGCUGAUAUUAAUAUUCAUUUCCAAAAUGUUAAGAUAUCCCUUUUCGGGUAUUUUUUGUGUAGAAUCACAAAAUAUAAGCUAGUCUAGUUUAAGUCAUCGUUUUUAUUUUCAAGAAAAUUUAAUCUCCCUUACUCUAAUUUCCGAGAU